GUAUCUAUACACUUUUAAUAUAAUGGAGGGGAGUUUUUUGACAAUUUGAAUUGAAAGUGUAAGAGAAAGGAUACUUGUAUUUUGUGAUGAUAAUUAAAAUUAUGAAAUUAGAGCAAUUGUUAAUAGUAAAGACGAAUUAAAUUUUCAAGAUCAAUAAAUACAUUAACAAUGAAAUUUAUAUUUAAGUAUCCUGUCUGUUUCAAUGAAAUAUAAUUUGUGUUGAAGUCCCCGAGAAUUUUUCAUAUUAUUUUUGCGAAAUGAGCAAACUGAUUGACUACUUUGUAAUAUGUGGACUUGACUAUAAUUCUGGACUAGAAUCAGACAAAUACGCAGAGGAUAAUCUACAUGUCUCUCCAUUGGAACGAUCAUACAAAGGAAAAGUUUUGGCACACUAUCCCAACAAUGUUUCAUCAAAUCCUUUUGAUGAAUCAGCUGUUUGUAUGUUUUCUUUGCCAGCUGGACUCAAAUUUCGUACUCAAAAGCAUUCGGUAACUCAAGCUCCAAAUUUUCAUUCCUAUGUUAUAACAAGAGAAGAUGGGAAAAGAUAUUAUGGAUUCAGUCUAAUAUUUUAUGAAGAAGUACAAAAUCGAGAUAUCAGAGAAGCAAUGCAUACAUUGCAGGCUAUGUAUAUCACUGAAUUGUCAAGUGGACUGAAAGAACAUACUAUGCAAACACCUCAAAGUAAAGUACCACAGUCAAAAUCUUUACCUAGAUAUUUCAAACUGAGUCAUAAUCCGAGUGGUGCAGCUUUAACCUAUUAUGAUAUCUGUAAAGACAAGUUGUAUGUGUCAAAAAGUAUUGGUAUAAUCAGUCAGUGUGGCUAUGUUUAUGCCAUGAGGGUAUUUUUGGAAAAUUUAUAUAGGUGUGUUCCUAAACAUUCUAAUAUGACAAAUAGUCUCAGUUUGGAAAGUUAUGUAUUCAAUUUGUUAUAUGAAGUUCAGUUACCAGCGCCUGGUAAAAGUUUGUUGGUUCACUUGCCACCUGCAGAUCCUCAUUUACCUCUAUCAAAUGUCAUAAUACAAAAUACUUUACCCCCGUAUGAACUUCCCCAUCAUGAUUAUCCUUUAAGACUGAUGUUUUUAUGGCUAGGAGUUGAUAUUAUUGUGCAGCUGUUCACUUGUCUCUUACUAGAGUACCAGGUUCUAUUACGGAGUACAGAUCCUCAAAAAUUGAUGGUUGUUGCAGAAAGCGUUAUGUCUUUGUUAUUUCCAUUUAAUUGGCCUCAUGUGUAUGUGCCAAUAAUGCCUGCAUCAUUGCAUCACUUUUUGGACGCCCCUGUCCCUUAUUUGAUGGGACUCUAUGCAACAUCAGAAAAUAUAAAGGUGGCCUCAGAAGCUAAUCUAUGUUAUGUAGAUAUAGAUAAAUGUAAAGUACAAUUACCAGAAGAGAUGGCAGCUUUUCCACAUUUAGAACCUUUUACUGCUGAAAUUUUAUCCGUUUUGGACAAAUAUAGUGUUCACAUUCCUAACACUGAAUAUACUAGAAAUACUCAGGACAUUAUUUCGAGAAGUAGCACAUUACCAAGCCGACCGCACAAUCUAAGAAAAUUGUCUAUACAUGAUACUCUCGAAACUGAACGACCACCAUCUCCCCCUGGAUCUGCUAGGUCAGAAGCUCUUCAACGAAUUGCCGAUAUUGUGCGGAGAACGGGAGUGACUUUAGAACCAAAAGCAAAUCAUCCUUCAGAUUCCUAUAGUGAAGAUCUCAAAUUUAAUAAUGCCAUAAGAGAGAUAUUUUUGAAUAGAUUCGUGCAUAUAUUUCAAUCAUAUGAAAAUUUUGUGAUAUUUCCCAAUCAGGAUAAAGAAGACUGGUUUAACAAUAGAGAUUCGAUGCAAAAUUUUGAUAAAGCUUCGUUUUUAUCUGAUCAGCCUGAACAAGAUCGAAUGUUUUUGUGGAGAUUUCUAGAGUCUCAGAUGUUUGCUACUUUAAUUGAUAACAAAAUAUUGUCAAUAUGGGGUGAAUGUGACAGUAAUCUAUUGAUAUUCGAUAAUAGAAUAAAAUUAUUAAAAAAUAGGUACGAUCGAGAGAAUCAUAUGCGAUCUUUAUGUUAUGAGCCAUGCAUCAGUGUUCAUGAUACUCAGAAGCUGAUUGAUAGAAGAUUGGCAUGUCCUGAUUUUGAAUCUCCAUUACCAAGAGAAAUUAUGAAUUGCAGAGUUAUUAAUGGUCGACAAUUUCCUAUUUUAGAUAAGGAUAUAUUGAAUAAAACACCAGUACUCAAUAAGGGAAGCAUUCCAAGAGCUAGUACUUUUAAAACAGGAUUGAGUUUUUCAAAACCACCUGAAGGGCCUAAUGAAAGACAUUCAAAAAGUUCCAACAGUCAGGAUAUGUCACCAGCUGUUAUAGCACAUAAAAAUUGGAGUUUUGUUGAUAAGCUUCUAAAAGACUGUAAGGUGAAAACAAAGAGAAUGUUACUUGCCAAAUUAGGGUCAGAAGGAGUGACCUUAUCUAGUAGUAACGUGACAGACAGUUUCGGAGCCAUUGAAGAAACCACUUUAAUAACAUCGUUAUGCGACUUUCUCGAAAGAGUGUGGUCCCAUGGCCUACAAAAAAAGAGGAAUAAAUCGGCGCUAUGGUCUCAUUUACUUGCCUAUCAAGAAAAAUAUCAAUAUAUACCUAAAAAAGAUAAUGGCGAAUUUGAGUUGACUACUAAUUUAGAAAAUUGGACAGGUCAGUUCGAAGAUUCCAAAUUAAGAUCAGAAUUACCCGAGUUGCCAUCUUCUAUAUUGUUCGACAUAGGGAAUAUUCAAUCCAUGACAGACGUUAAGACAGCUAUAGGAAUGGCCCGUGUAUGGGUACGACUAGCAUUAGAGAAGAAACAACUAUCAAAACAUUUACGCACAUUGCUUUCCGAUCAGACACUACUUAGAGCUCUUUACAAACGACAAGCAUUUGUACGUUCUGAAGAAGAACGUGAACAAUUUCUUUAUCAUUUACUCUCUUUAAAUGCCGUUGAUUACUUCUGUUUCACAUGCACCUAUGUAACAACUGUGAUACCAUACCGUAUUGUAAUAGUACCAAAUAAAAAAGGAGCAACAUCUUCAGCAAAUGUCUGGAUGGUUCUAUCUGGUACACUAUCAGAAACAACUCGUAUAGUAAUUCCUAAAGCUACACUAAACUUUAAAAUCAAACACAAAAAUUUGGGAGUUCUUACAACAUUUAGAAUUGGACAUGAUAAUUCUGGGUUAUAUGCUAAAUGGAUGAUUGAUUACAUUAUUGUUAGGAAUGAUAUUUCUGGGCACACAUACAAGUUUCCAUGUGGUCGUUGGUUGGGAAGAGGAGUAGAUGAUGGUUCAACAGAAAGGCUAUUGGUUGGUAGUUUGAUGUCCAAAAAGGAAGAACUUGAAGAUAUAACAGUAAAAUCCAGUACGGGUAGCUUAGGGCGUUCUACACCUAGAUCAAGAUCACCUGCGAUUGCUCCAAGGACAGAAAUGAAAUCGUCACAAAUUCAGCAUAUGUUAGGUGAUUGUGUUAAUAAAAUAAUAAAAUGGCACCACAGAAGAACAUCAGAACGUCAUACAACCUUGACAGCACUCAUUUGUAGUGAUAAUGGGCUAGUUUCAUGUUUAGAAAAGGUUUUCUUGUUAGGUUUCAAAUCUGCAAGGCUUUUUAUGGGAAAACAUUAUUUAUGGGACUAUUUUGUGAGAGUCAAAGAACAAUUUGAAUUAGAAUUAUUACAAGAAGUAUCAGGUAAUCGAACGCACAGUCUAGAAAAAAAUCAUCAAGAAACAGUUGCAGUUUGGAGAUGCUACUGUCAUUUAAUUGAAGAAAUUAACCAAACCAGUAAAACUUUGGGGAAGGAUGGUAAAUUUCAACAGUUUAUUUGUCUUAGUGUUAGAGAACAUCUACUACAUAGAAUGUUAAUACCAAUGUCAAAGUGUAAAGUCACAUCAGAGAUGUAUGAAGAAAACUCAUUUCUACGAAAGAAAGGUCUACUAACUUUUCUCUGGCAAAUUCUAUUACCAUUGGAUGAUUUGGAUGUAGUUCUUGAAAAAACUGUGUCUGAUGGAAUUUCUUCGCCGUUGUCUCAUAUAUAAAAUAGUUUAUAACCAUGAUAUUAAGUUACAAACAACAACAUGUAACAUUUACACUGAAAAUAAUAAAAUGGCAUUAGAACGCUUACGAAAUUUACGAUUUACUUGAAUCCUAGGAGGUUGGAGCUGUAAUGUCGAUGAAUUUCAAAUUUCAAACGCAUUUCAACCUAUUAACCUAGUUUAUUUUUCAUAAUUAUGAGCUUUUAACUGUUACAUCAAGUUGAAGUUUUCACCUACGGCAGUCCUUUAUUAAAUUAUUCAUGAUUGCGUUGAAAUUUAUAAAUUUUACUCAAAUUGUUUAGGUCUUUAUUAUCAUUGACAUCUUUCUCAUUCCUAUGCAUGUGAACUAUUUUUAGCAGUUCUCUCUUUUACUAAUUGGACUCUAUUUUGAUAAUUUUCGAUUUUUUGUAAUUAAAUGUAUGCUUUUGUUCUGAUAUUUCUUAGUUUGUUGAUGCGGUCUUAUUUUUUUAUCAUAUUGAUGAAUUCUUAAUCUAUUUUGUAAAUAUUGAGAUCUCUGUCCUAUGUAAACAGCAUGUCAAUUAUUUAUUUUUUUGGUGAUUUAUAUUUAAGUAUAGUGAAAUAUUCUAAUAUAAUUAUUUAUUACAAUGAUUUAUUACGAAUUAUAAAAGACCUAAAAUCACUACUAUUUCAACUCUAUGAAAUAUAAAUUAUGAUGAGGAAAUUUAAUUAACUGAUUUGACUCGAGCUUUUAAUUUUUUUUUCUAUUUUCUCUUUUUGAUAAUCUUCAGCUGUUGUGUUUUUAAAAUGAGAUUCAUAUUUUUAUUUAAAACUGUUCAAGAUGAGGCUAUGUUUAUUAUUUUUUUCUUGAUUUGUAUUCGUUUAUAAUAUUGGUUUUGUAAUUAUGCAUUAUUUAAUGAUAAUUGGAUAUGAAGGAUAUUAAUAAUCUUUUGAACACUUUUUAAUUACUUUGGCUGAUAUUCAGGUGAAUUAAAUUUUAUAUUUGUUUUUGUAUAAUUGUAUAGGUGGGUUCAAAAACUGUACUUGUCUAAAAUCAUAGUUUGGAACAACUUUGUAAAACUUUGUAACAUUGAUCUCGCUGACAUAGACUAUUGGCAUGCAAAGUUUUAAUAAUCGUUGUAAGGAAUGUAUUUUCAUUGGUAGUUUUUUAUGAAAUAAAUUUGAUUAGAAAUGACAAAUAAAAAAGGGGAUGACUUGUAUGGUUUUAGAACUUGACCCUGUUUAUUAAACGUGUUUGAUUUUUGAUAUGUUUAUUCAAAUAGCGGAAUUUAACAGUAUAGAAAUUUAAACCUUUUAUUUUUGGGUGAACAUUGGAAAUAAACUAGUUCAUUCACUAAACAAAUCAAAUAUACUUUAUUUGUACAUAAUAGAAUAACUAAUGUAAUUAUUCGCGGCAAAAAAUUAAUUAUAUUAAUUAUAUAUAGAAUUAUAGUCUAAAUUGGAGCACAAUAACAGCUGAUCGGUGAAAAAAGAUACGGUGUACACAUAAAAGGUAUUUAUACAAUAGUUAUAUUGUAUAAAUUUGUAUAAUAUAAUAAAUUGUAUAUAUUAUAAGUUUUAAAAUGCUCUACUGCUGCUUUUGAGUGAGGUGUUUAACUACAGGAACCAAACAGCAGUCCUUGCUAGUGUUGUCUUCAGCUGUCUACUUUUUCAUUAUUUAAAAAAAUGUGUACUAACCUACUACAGAUAAAUUAACUGUUGUUGUUCUCUUAUUCCUGGCGUAUGAGUAUUUUUCCUAUAUGCUUGAUAUUAUUCUAUUAAAAAUUGGAAAGAAUGUUCUUCUUUUGACAUAUAUGAAAAUUUACUGUUUUACACUAAAAUCGAUUUAAUCAAACAGAUGAAAAUAUUAGUCUUUAAAAUUUCUAAUCCAAUAUUUCGCGAGACGAAUCCAAAAAUAUUUUUCAAUCUUUUUUAUGAGAACUCAUACCUAUUCACACACCUUUACUAUACAUAAAUCUGUUACUCCUAAUCGUUCAGGAAUCUUUAAACAACAUAAUAUUAAGAUAGCUUAAACACAAAAUUUGACAUUUAAAUGUGUAUCUACUAAAAUUAAAGACAGAACACCAACCAUUAAAUUGCUUAGCAUAGUUAUACAGUUAUAUAUUUUUCUAUAUUGUACUUGACCAUAAUUUCAGUCCCCAAUGAUGAAUGCAUAAUUAUUCGAAAGCCCGGAGUAUAUAUUAAAAAGAGUAAACUUUGGUGUUUAAUUUGCCACACUUAUUUUUUUAAUCAAACAUACUCGCACAAUGUUUGCCCAAAAAUUUCAUUUCAUUAAAUAUCUUUUUUAUAUUUUGCACGUAGUAAGUACGAUACGCAGUUGGGUGUUGUAUUGAACUUCAGUAAGAUACGCAUAAUUUGAAAUUAUUUUGACAGAAAUAUAUACUUUGUAGAUAGUAGAGAGGCAGUUGAAAGCUUUGAACACAACCUCAAAUUUCAGCUGUGAUUGUGUAUUUUUUCUUGUGUAUAUGAUCAAUUAUUGUAAAUUUGAAACGAGUAUUUUAAAUAAAUGUUGUUUUAUUAAACAGAA